GAGUAACGUGUCCGAGUUUCUGGUUUAUUCGCUUCUGUGCUUUUUGUCCCUCGUUAGUCGCCGUAGUUACGUCAUCAGCCAUGAGCAGCAUGGAGGAGCUCUGAAGCUUUUUGACCUUCUGAAAAUAUUAAUUUAAAGUAGUUUCGGGUUAAAUACAGAUUUCCAGGAUGUCGGCGAAUCGCAUUUCAGUUCAUGCCAAGUGGAUCAUCGGCCGAGUGAUCGGGACCAAAAUGAUUAAAACUGUUAAAGUGAGAGUGACGCGGCUGGUGCUGGACCCGUACCUGCUCAAGUACUACAAUAAGAGGAAGACCUACUUUGCCCAUGAUGCUCUGCAGCAGUGCACUAUGGGAGACAUCGUCCUCCUCAAGGCGCUGCCGGAGCGUCGGACCAAGCAUGUGAAGCACGAACUGUCCGAGAUAGUGCACAAAGUGGGCCGGGUGGUUGACCCGCUGACGGGGAAGCGAGUUGAAGGAAUGGAGUUCAUGGAGCCGCUGGCUGACCUGCAGACCGACCUGGGAGAGGAAGCCACGUUAACAGAGAAACUGCAGGAGCUAAACAUCUCUGCUGCAGCUGAUUCAGCACCACAAACUCACACAUCAUGAUGGAAAUCUGCAUUUCUUUUUCUGCAGUAAUGUUAAAUGUCUCUGCAUGUAUGUUUCAGGUGUUAAUGUAAAUAUACAUUUCAAUAUAAAUCAAUUAAUGUGAGCGUUUUUUUUUUUUUUUUUAAACUUUAGCUCAGUGUAUAAAAUGAGCUGCUGACACCUCUAGGACAGCGGUUCCCAAACUUUUUUAGCCGUGCACCCCCUUCUAUGUCCCAACCGGGUUGACAAACCCCCAAUCCCCCACACCUUCAAAAAACCCAAAAUGUUUUAUAGCCAUAUUAGCUCACCCAUAUAAUAAAAUAAUCACUUUCACAACAA